AUGACCACACUCCUCCUCCCACUUUUGCUUGGGGCUGUCUGUUCCCACCCGCGGCGAUCGUUGUCCCAAGGCCGGCCGCACACGCUGCAGCCGGCUCCGGACCGCUCCUGCCUUGGGUCUCCCCACAAGGCGUUCCUUGUGCAGGAAAAGUUCUCUCCUUGCGCAGCCACUUCGCCCGCAGAGUCCUCUCCGGGGCCAGCUUGGGGCCUCGCCCCGUCGGGCACACGUGACCGCCCCGCCCCCGUCCUGGCUGGUUUCCUCCACCCCCCCCAACUCCACCCCCCACCCGGUGUCUCUUGCCUUCUCGAGCCCGGUCCGCCGGGCAGCGCAGUUGUUUCGCCACAGCUUGCGGGAUGCAUUCCUCCCCCACGCCCCGGGCGCCAUGGAAACCGCCCGGUUAACACCCACCCCUUGCACUGUCCCUCAAAUUCAUUUGCCACCCGCUGUCAGUGGACCCUGCAAGAAUAUCCGCCUUUCCGAGACCAGAAAAUGAAUAACUUGAAGCUCUGGGAGGUGGCUCUGCAUUUUGUCUGCACAUUAGAAUCAUAUGAAGAAACUCUUAAUAUUCCAAGUGUUCGGGCAACACCCCCGAUAGAGAUCUCCGAGGGUGGACCUGAACAUCUGCAUGUCUCAAGCUCCACUGACCUGAACAUCUGCAUGUCUCAAGCUCCACUGACCUGAACAUCUGCAUGUCUCAAGCUCCACUGACCC